UGAUAACUGGAAUGUGCAAUUCUUAUUAGUAUAUACAUAUAUAUAAUAUACAUGUAUCUGAGAUACCAUUCGUGCUUGUGUUUUCCCCAACAGUACACAUCCGCAAUUGUUCUCUGCCUAACUAAUUGUUUGACUAAGUUAAAAUGCCUCCAAAUUGGGGUGAUUCGUUAUUUAUAAGGCACAACCAGGAAGUGAUCGAGGAGCUGAAUAACUCAUCAGUCGGAAGUUCGAUUUUAACCAGAAGAAUAUCCAGCGUCAAUGUGGAACUAAACGAGUAUCAUAUACAUGCCCUCGCUUGGAUGGACAUGUGCGAGAGGGAGAGCCCAUUUGGUGGCAUCCUAGCCGAUGAGAGGGGAUUGGACAAUACGUUGACUAUUAUUGCCUGGUUGCUUAUAAAGAAAGAAGAGAAUCAGAAAGCCGAAGCUUCAGAAUAUAAUGCCGAAACUCUGAUAAUAUGUGAAAAAACUGUCCUGGACCAAUGGAUAAAGCGAAUUACAGAUGUGGUAGGUGAUCGGCUGAACGUCUACAAGUUCUAUGACAGAGACCGAGACAUCAAUAGUAUCUACGGCAAAGACAUUGUGAUCACCACCUAUAAAACCGUGACGUAUGAUCGGAAAGCAAACAACCGCCUCUUUGCAAUCAAUUGGCGUCGGCUCGUCUUGGAUGAUGCCAAAGCCAUAAAAAAUACGAGAUCGCAACUUUCAAUAUCAAUAAGCGCUUUGCGGAGCCGUUCUCGUUGGGCUGUGACUGGGGCUCCAAUACAGAAUAGUGAAAAUGAUUUUAAGGCAUUGCUCAGUUUUGUGUGCCGCGAUCCCAUAGUGACGGAUAGACGCUUGUGCUUAAGGCGUACAAUAUCUGAUCUUCAGAGAAAUGGACAACUUCAACAAUUUCCACAGAUAAGACGUGAGGAAAUUAGAAUAAAACUUAAUGUUAACGAAAGGAUAUUGUAUGACAAAGUUCGUGACAAAUUGAAUCAAGAAGGUGAGGGGAGUUCCAUCAUAGACGUUGUCCAGGUGAAAGAACUUCAACUGCUGUGCUCUCAUCCAUAUCUAAUCCGAUCACUCAAAAUAAUUCAACAGGAUAUGUCCGGUACACAAGGCAAUUUCGACGCCAGCGACACCUCCGAUGAUAAUGUCCUAAGCCUGAAAAAUCCAAUCUUUCGCCUCGACUAUGUAUCAACGAAAAUUCGAAAAGCUAUUGAAACUAUCAAUCAAUGCGUACUGCAUACAAAUAGCAAAAUCAUUGUUGCAUCGCAAUCGACAAAGCUGCUGGAUAUAUUGAAAUUUCAUUUAGGUACCGACAGCAACAGGCAACUGGAGAUCAUGAUGCUAACUGGCAUAACACCGCAAAAAAAUAUCAGUAAGAUCGUUAGAGAUUUUAACGAAUCCCUUCGGCCUUGCGUUCUGCUGCUCUCGUCGAAGUUGGCAGAAAGUAAUUUAAAUUUAGACGGAGCCAAAUAUCUGAUGAAUAUGGACUUGCACUGGAAUUCGAACCUGGAAGUGGAAAGUCUCAUCUAUCGACUGAGCCAGGAAAAUGAAAGAGUCGUCUUCUAUCAGUUUGUGUGCUUGAGCUCGGUGGAUGACCGCCUUCAACAGGUGCAGCAAAGCAAAUUUCGUUUGGCUUAUAAUUAUUUAAGAUCGCGCACUAUUUCAAGAGUUCGAAGAGUUAUUGAAUUUUUCCAUAACUUCUUCCUGCAACUAUAAUAUUUUAGAAUU